GAAAGAGCUGUACCGGAUGUUUUUUAAAUUUCUCUCCCACUACCUUCACAUUCAACUUCUCGUAGCAAACGAUGCUACUACAGAUAAUACAUAAUAUUCGGCAGUUAUGCUUUUUCAAAGCGCAUGUGUUGUCGAUUUGAGUAAAGGUCAGGAGAAUGUUCCGAUUACAAUAGACGGAGAUUUUAACCAAGUGGAAUACCCUGCAUUUCAGUAUUCACCAGGAAACGUACAGGGACCAGGCUGUGAAAUUGACCCAGGCGAAAUCACCCUCCCUGGCUGCUCCUGCCUCAGCCAGUCCUGCGUGGAUGAGAGCUGCUCUUGCCUGAAGACCUACGGGCAAGCCUACGACAGCUCUGGCCUACUCCUGGACCGCUACAUGGCGGACGGCGCCUACUGCGCCCCCGUGUUUGAGUGCAACGCCCUCUGCGCCUGUAGCGAGGCCUGCUCCAAUCGUGUAGUGGAGAGAGGCCUCAGCUUCCGCCUGCAAGUCUUCCUCACGAGGGAGAGGGGCUGGGGGGUGCGCACCCCUGAGCUCAUCCACCAGGGGUCGUUUGUGUGCGAAUACGCCGGGGAGGUGAUCGGCCGGGAUGAGGCCAGGCGCAGACAACUCUCCCAGGGGCCCGGGGACAACAACUACAUCAUAGCGGUCAGGGAGCACGCAGGACCGGCCUCCGUCACAGAGACCUUCGUGGACCCGGCCAGGGUCGGGAACGUGGGACGCUUUCUGAACCACUCAUGUCGCCCCAACUUGGUGAUGGUGCCCGUGCGCAUGCAUUCGGCGCUCCCCCACCUGGCGCUGUUUGCGUGCCGGGACAUCUGUUCCGGGAAGGAGCUGACGUUCGACUACUCCGGCGGGGGAAGCAGAGAUGGAGAUACGUCGAGGGGGAGCCAGGCAGCUAUUGAGGCUAGUAGGACGCAUGGGCUUCAGAGGAAAGCAUGUUACUGUCGUGCCCAGAACUGUUCUGGGUUCCUUCCCCUGGACACAAGCGUGCUCUCUAACUUGUGACCAAUGGAGCACCCUGCAGAGCAGCUGUCAGGAUCUGUCAUUUGCACAUUUAGGUCACUUGAUGUGAAUCUUGACCUUUUUUCAGUGUGGUUUGCCGAUAUGUUUUCAGUAAUGGCUAUCAAACAUCUAUUGGCUAUAUUAGCUUUAAGUAACACACUGUUGUACAGAUCGUGGUCAAGAGACGAUCUUCGGCUAGGUACAAAAUAUUCCAGAUAAUAAACAAAAAAUAACAAAAGUUUGACCUGCUAUAUUCUGUUAUGUGUCUGCUUCUUGAAUUAUAUUUUCUUUUCAGACAUCCGAGAAUCCUCUAUCUAUAUAGGGCAGGUCGUGCUGGAAUCUAAAGGCCUCUAUAUGUUAUCUUCCCCAGGGCAACUAUGGUUUUCCUAAUGCUGUAUCCGACAGCUUGACCGUCAAGGUAUAUACUUUUAUAUCCAUAGGUAUGGAUAUUUAUUCCUACCGAUUUGCAUUUCAAAUUUCAAUGCCAAAGUCAGGUUUCAGACACUGUGUUGCUUUUUUUUUCAAAUCAAGUCCCCUUGAAGACAUUCUCUUGUAUCCAAUGGUGCGCAUACCCCCAGAGAGUCUUUAGCAAUUAGCAAAAGACCAGAGGGUGUUGUUUUUAAUAUAGCAACCAGUUCUAUUCCCUCAUCAGACGUGGGGCCAAGGUGUCCCAGUUUACUGUGACCGUUCUCAGAUCAGAACUCUCUCUGAUCAAACUGCUCCCUUUCCACACCAGACCUGCCUUCCUCUUUAUUAAUAUCCACAUCUGGGUUAAUUGCGAGCGAGACCGCCAGAAAUGAGACCAAGGGGGCUGGCAGUUGGAUGGGAAUGCAGAGAGACCUCAUAGGGGGGGCUUGAUGGAAGACCGGGUCGUAGCUCUCUAGACCCUGGAGCACAUAAAUGCUUUUAUUAUUUUUAAAUUUGAGAAAUAAAUGUUAAUAAAAAUACAUUAACAAUU